CCCUUUAAUCCACCUGUCGUUUCACCUGGAGCGCAGCGGCACUGACAGGAGGCGGACAGGAGCGCAGCAUGGGGGGUGUUUGCUCUACUGAGAAGAUGGCCAAGGCUUUUGCCUAUGAGAGUUCAGACAUUGACUGGUGUGAAGACAACUAUAAAUACUCCGAACACGUAGUAGAGUACUUUAAUACAAUGAGCAGCUUUUUUUUCUUUAUUAUCUCACCUGUUAUGCUUUACCUGCUACAUCCUUACGCCAAAGAGAGGAACUUGGCAAUUCACCUUGUCUGGAUUCUGAUGAUUUUUGUAGGGCUUUUUUCUGCCUACUUUCACAUGACUCUUAGUUUUGUGGGUCAGAUGUUGGACGAGCUGUCUAUCAUGUGGGUGUUGGCAGUGGGAUAUUCCAUGUGGUUUCCUCGUAAACUCUUCCCUUCAUUCAUCAAAGACAGGACCACGUUUUCCAAGCUGGUCUUCACCAUCACAGUCAUCACUUCUGUGUCGUCGUUUGUCAAACCAACAGUCAACGCCUAUGUCCUGAACUGCUUCGGGCUCCAUCUGCUUUACACUCUGGCCGUCGAGAUGAGAUACUGCACCGACCAGAAGGUUCUGCGCCUCGCCAAGCUGUCCGUGGCUCUGUGGGUGCUCGCCAUCACCUGCUGGAUCAGUGACCGUUUCAGCUGCAGCUUCUGGCAGCAGCUUAACUUCUGCUAUCUGCAUGGUAUCUGGCACAUUCUGAUUGUAAUGGCUGUAGCUCAUGCCACCACACUUAUUGCUUACCUGGAUGCCAACAAUGAAAUACCAUACUCCCUGCCUGGACUGCAGUACUGGCCCUCUGAUAAAUGGACUAUAGGACUUCCUCACAUUGUUCUCAAGGGAACACCCAAAACCAGAAAGCAAUGCUGAUAGAUGGUAGGCAGUUGUAGGACUUUUUAAAUUUGACUUAUUAUGUACAGGGAAAUAGGUAAAUUAGACCUAUUCAAUUCAAAUUUGACAAAUCGUUUUUGUUUUAAAACAUACCAAGCCAUCCUAGCAAAACUUUGCUGCCUUUUUCUACUGUGCAACUUUUGCACAGACGUUAAAAAUGAAUAUGUAACAGGGAUCAAAUAACAAAUCUUUAUUGUGGUAAAUUUCAGGCUUUAUAACAACAGACAUUACGAAAAAAGACUACAAAUGUUUUGCCACUGCAGUCUGCAUAGGUGAAGAAUCAAAUACACAUAGAAUAAAACUGUGACAUCAGCUAUCAUGGAUAUUUUAAACAUUUUAUUACAUAUUUUUAUAACUAUUAUUAUAUUUUUGCUUUUAUCAAGUCAUGCACUUAAAUGUUUGCGGAUUUUAGGUUUAUGAAUUAUUUAUAUAAGUGAAUCAAAUACUUUUACAUAAAUUGUAUUUCAGUGACAAUAGUAUGUGAUCAUGACAUGUUUUGGUGCAAUCUUUUUUACGCAUAGUAAUAACCGUUAUAAACAAACUAAGUAUAGUUAUUGGUUCUGAAGCUGAAAUAUGAACCUUUCAAAAAUAUUGAAACAACUGCUUUAAUUACUGGUAAAAUGUUUUUUAUUCACAAUUUGAGAAAGUUUCUUUGCAUACUCAUUUAGAAAUCAAUGAAGAUUUUUUUAAUUCAUAUUAGAAAAUGUUAGAACACAAUUUUUCUGGAUACAGAUAAAAAUUGUCAAAGUUUUGAGUUUUCUGUGUGCUCUCGUUAACUACUCUUUAUAUUAUGUUCGCUGCCAUCUUUUUUUUACUUUGUGUUACCUGCAAUCUUUGCAUUUUUGCACUUAACCCAAAUGUCAAUGCGAUUUUUUUUUUUUUUUUUUUUUUUUUUGUGGCUUCUGAUCAUUUAUUGACCUUAAAUUAGUCUCAUUAUCCCUGUUAACCAUGUUUGUUCAUUUUUACUGCAACUUAAUCGAUUUAAUACACUGCACUUGCCGAGGCAUGGAUGAUUCUUAACGGCAACACUUGAAUACUUAAAAUGUACGCUUUUUUUACUUUUUGUACUUUUCAUUAGGUUUCUAAUUAUCUAGAAAUUUUUUUGCAAAUAGGUAUUUUACUCCAGUUCUGUUUUUUUUCUUCCAAGGUAGCAUUGUUUGAUGUGCUCUGCAGUCAGACAUUUCAUGUUAAAGCACUUACAGCUCCGACAGUGUGUUUGACAUGAUGAAACUUUGUGUUGAGACUUGCAAGAAUUUGAAAAAUUGUUGUUAAAGAUGUUUGAGCAUAGUUACAAAGUGUUAUAUUUACAAUCUAUCCAAAUGUCCCCUUGGAAAACUGCUCAGUGGGAAACUUUUGGGGAUCUUGACUCUGCUCACUGAAUUACAUGAAUAUUCAAUGUAUGUAAUGAUGCUGUGAGGGGAAAUUUUCCAAACUUUUAAAAUAAAGUUCUUUAUUUACAAUUUCACCUAAA